GUAAAGACAGUCUUUACAGCUGAGAGUUUAGCCGGUUUGGUUUCAGUACGAGCCGUUGGACAUGAACACAGGCAGCUUCUGACAAUCUACCAAAAGGUGACCUGCUCAGGGUGUGCCCUGCCUCUCACUCAACGCUGGAGACAGGCAGCACCCCUCCAUAACCCAGCAAAAUAAGUAGGUAAUAAUGGACACUCUACAACGUAUCUUUGGCCUAUGCAAAACCAUCUACGAGAGGGCCGAAAAUGCAAAGGCCAACAAAGAUCGCUGUCAACGAGUCGCCCAAAGAGUUCAAGCCCUGGAGAGACUUGUUAAAGCCAUUGAAGAAAAGGGACCUGGUCAAAUCUCUUCUGCAGUUCAACAAUCUCUGAAUGAACUCUGCGUUACACUGGUGUCUGCAGAGCAACUAAUGAGAAAAUUCUACAAAUCCAAUGCUAUUGAAGGCUUUGUUAAGUCUAGCUCUAAUGAGGAUAAGUUCAGUAAGAUUAAUGAUAAACUAAAUGACAAUUUCCAGGUCCUGUCAGGAGCACUGCAGAUUGAGCAGAGGGAUAUGUUAAUUUCGCUCUGCUCAAGCAAGAGGAGUGUUAAUGAAGGUAAUGGCCCUGCACAGACAUCUCCAUUGCCAUUCCCAAUGCCAGAGCCCUGGCAUGCAACAUCAGUGUUUUCUCCUGUUGCUCAGCCACAUCAUACAGUACCAAUGUCUCCUCAAUCACCACCAUUCAGCCCCACAGCACCGUGUCCUCUCCAAACACCACAGUUCAGAUCUCCAGCACCUUUGCCUCCCCAAACACAACAGUUCAGACCUCCAGCACCUUUGCCUCCCCAAACACAACAGUUCAGACCUCCAGCACGUUUGCCUCCCCAAACACAACAGUUCAGACCUCCAGCACCUUUGCCUUCCCAGACACAACAGUUCAGACCUCCAGCACCUUUGCCUCCCCAAACACAACAGUUCAGACCUCCAGCACCUUUGCCUCCCCAAACACAACAGUUCAGACCUCCAGCACCUUUGCCUCCCCAAACACAACAGUUCAGACCUCCAGCACCUUUGCCUCCCCAAACACAACAGUUCAGACCUCCAGCACCUUUGCCUCCCCAAACACAACAGUUCAGACCUCCAGCACCUUUGCCUCCCCAAACACAACAGUUCAGACCUCCAGCACCUUUGCCUCCCCAGACACCACAGUGUAGACCUCCAGCACCUUUGCCUCCCCAGACACCACAAUUCAGGCCUCCAGCACCUUUCAUACCCACAACACCCACUGUUCCUCCCACCAUUCAAAGGUCUAACCCUACAACUGCUGUGCCAGCCCCACGCAUCCUGUCUCCCAUGUCAGGGCCCAUCUCUACGGUCCCUCACCAUUUCCCUGCUUCAGUUCCAGCCCAUCUCCUUAAUCCUGGCAAUGUUGCAUCAAUGUCUGGCCCUGCUGUAAUGAACAUUACCAUACAAAGCACCACAGUUGUGACACAUUAUUCAGGCAACAACCCUGGUUUUCAGUAAUUUGCAGUCCGAAAUACUAAAUGGACACAACUUGCGUACCAGCCCCUUGAUGCACUUUUACACUAUGAGUCACACUUAUGUUCACAUUUAUACAUUCAUGCACAGAAUCGGUUGGUAACUUGAAUUUCAGUGCCUUGCCUCUGUUGUAUGAAAGGGGCAGUGUUAUAUAAAAUGAACAUUUUUGAGCUUUACGUCACAUUAUAAUGUUAUUAAUAUUAUUUUCUCAUCAAAAACAUACUUGGAGUGUUGAAUUGAUUCUUUCAUGCAUGUUUGAGAAAUAUUUUAGUCUCUUGUGGCAAACAUUUAGAGGUGCCAAACGCCUGUUAUAUGAUGGUGAAGUUGGACUUACCACCGCCUUCGAGACACAGCUCCUC